CUGGGCUGAAGCUCAGAGAUACUGCAGAGAGAAUUACAUAGAUCUGGCCACUGUUGACAACAUGAACGACAUGAUCCAGCUGAUGAAGAGUGUGAAUGAUGAACGGAUCUGGAUUGGUCUUCAGAAGACGAGUGUUUACAAUUGGCAUUGGUCUUCAGGUGAUCCUGCGCUCUUUCUGAAUUGGGCAUCUGGACAACCAUUAGGCAGUAAUAAUUGUACUUCUAUGAUGGGAAAUGGACAGUGGUUUGUUGUGCCAUGUAGUAACAACAAUUCCUUCAUCUGCUACAACAUGAGCAGAGGAUUCGUGUUUUCCAAUCAGAAGAUGAACUGGAGACCCGCUCAGAGUUACUGCAGACAGAAUUACAUGGAUCUGGUCAGUGUGAGGAACCAGAAUGAGAAUCAACAACUGGAGAAGUUCAUUAAAGACAGAAACUCAUCUGGAACUGGAAUCUGGAUUGGUCUGUUCAGAGACACAUGGCAGUGGUCAGAUCAGAGCAACUCCUCAUUCAGAUACUGGGAUACCAAUCAACCUGAUAAUUAUGGAGGAAUUGAAAACUGUACAGUGAUCACUCAGAAUGUUCAGAGACGAUGGCAUGACAUCUCUUGUGAUAACCAGUUUUCAUUUAUAUGUCAUGAAGAUAAACUGAUUGUGAUCCAGCAGAAUCUGUCGUGGUCUGAAGCUCUGAGAUACUGCAGACAGAAUCAUGUGGAUCUGGUCUCGGUUCAGUCAGUGGAGAUGCAGCGUCGUGUGAUGAACGUGGUUAAACUGGCGUCUACUGAGGCAGUGUGGUUGGGUUUGCGUUUCUCCCACAUUUUGGGCAUCUGGUUCUGGGUGAGUGGAGAGACCGUGUGCUAUAACAACUGGGCUCCAGGGAAGAGCACCUCAGAGGAAGACUGUAAAGCCACAGUGAGAUCUGGAGCAGUUCAGUCUGGAGGAAAUCAGACCUGGAUCAGCCGUCCUGAAACAGACCGACUCAACUUCAUCUGCAGCAGAUAUGAAUGAUUGAAUACACAUAGCAUAGCUGUCAUAUAUAAACA